AUUCCUCUGAGGGGAUGAAGGUGAAAAACACCUUCCCUCUGCUGGCCGACGCUCGUGGAUUCCGCCUGUCCGCAGUUUGCAGCGGCAGUCAAGAUGAUCCCCGUUGGUGAAUUCAAAAGCCUCGGGACGGAGCAAAAUUCCCAGUUCCGGGUGCUGAAACCGUGGUGGGAUGUCUUCUCGGAGUACCUGUGCGUCUCCAUGCUCAUGAUUGGGGUCUUUGGGUGCACAUUACAGCUCACCCAGGAGAAGAUCGCGUGUCUCCCCAGCCACUUCACCAGCCCGAGGCCAGAGUUGAUCAACUGCAGCCACAUCAGCAGCUACAGGGACAACGAGACUUCGCACAACACGCUGGGCAUACCCGGGAACCCCACCCUCACGGAGGUGUUCGGUCGCAAAAACAACCUGGACAUUCACCAGUACGUGUUUGUCAACCACUACUGCUAUGAGAGGUACGUCCACUGGUACGCCAAGUACUUCCCGUACCUGGUUGUGAUCCACACCAUGAUCUUCAUGAUAGCCAGCGGCUUCUGGUUCAAGUUCCCCGGGACGUCUUCUAAAAUUGACAUUUUUGUGACCGUCUUGGGGAAGUGCUUCGACUCGCCCUGGACCACGAGGGCCCUGAGCGAAGUUUCUGAGGAGAGAGGCGAGGAGAAGCUGGUCAGCUUGAGGAAGAACACCAUGUCGAAGAAUCCAGCGGAGCUAGCAAAAGAUGAGGAAGAAUCGGUGGGGCUUUUGCGCUCCGCGUCCGUCAAGUCUAACCCGGAGAAGAAAAGCCCGGAGCCCCAGUCUGCUCUCUCAGUGCUGGACAAGAAGGAGGGAGAGCAAGCCAAAGCUCUUUUUGAAAAGGUGAAGAAGUUCAGAACUCACGUGGAGGAAGGAGAGAUCCUGUACCACAUGUACGUGUUACAAACAUCAAUAAAAGUCUUCAAGUUCCUCGUUAUCAUCAUCUACACCGCGGUGCUGGUGCCAAACAUUGAAAUAGUUGUGCACUGUUUCGUCCCGCCCGAGCUGACUGGUUUUGAUAUCUACUGUUGCAACCACACCAAGGCCCAUCUCUUCUCCAAGCUCGCCUACUGCUACAUCUGCUUUGUGGGGGUGUACGGACUCAUGUGCGUCUACACCCUGUACUGGCUCUUCCAUCGCUCGCUGAAGGAGUAUUCCUUCGAGCACGUCCGUUUGGAGACGGGGAUUAACGACAUACCGGACAUGAAGAACGACUUCGCCUUCCUUCUCCACCUGGUGGAUCAGUACGACACCCUUUACUCCAAAAGAUUCGCCGUCUUCCUCUCGGAGGUCAGCGAGAGCCGCCUGCACCAGCUCAACCUCAACCACGAGUGGACCGUUAAAAAGCUGCGCGGCCGUCUCGCGAGGAACUCGGGGAACCGGCUGGAGCUUCACCUGCUGAUGCUGCCGGGGCUCCCCGACACCCUUUUCGAGCUGGCCGAGGUGGAAUCGCUCAAACUGGAGCAGGUCAACAACGUCACCAUCCCAGCCAGCGUGGUGAAGCUGGACUCCCUGCAGGAGCUGGCGUUGAUCUACUGCCCCGCCAAGCUGCAGCACUCGGCCCUCAACUACCUCAAGGAGCAUUUGAAGGUCUUACGCUUGUCUUUCGAGAGUCUAGAGGAGGCCCCGUUGUGGAUGUACACCCUUCACAACCUGGAGGAGUUGCACCUGACCGGUCCGCUGACCAGCGACGUGUCCAAGAGCGCCAGCCUGGAGUCGUUGCGGGUGCUGAGAGCGUUGAGGCUCCUGACGCUGCGCUCAAGCCUGAGGAAGAUCCCACCCAGCGUGGGAGAUCUGGCCUCCCAGUUACAGCGGCUGUGCAUCUACAACGAAGGGGUGAAGCUCCAGGCGUUCAGCAGCCUGAAGAAGCUGACGAACCUCAUUUCGCUGGAGUUGGUGGGCUGCGAGCUGGAGCGCAUCCCGAGCGCCGUGUUCAGCCUCAACAACCUGCAGGAGCUGGACCUGAGGGAGAACAAGCUGACGACCGUGGAGGAGAUCCUGAGUCUGCAGCACUGCCGGCGCCUGGCCACGCUGCGGCUGUGGCACAACAGCAUCACGUACAUCCCCGAACACAUCAGCAAGCUGUGCACCCUGGAGACGCUGGACGUCAGCUGGAACAAGCUGCGGAAGCUCCCCUCGCGGCUCUUCUACUGCACCAAGCUCAGGCACCUGGACGUCUCCCACAACCAGCUCACCUCGCUGCCCCCCGAGGUCAGCAUCCCGCAGGGCCUGCAGUUCUUCUCCGCCGCGUUCAACUCGCUGGAGUCGCUGCCGGACGAGCUGUUCUCCUGCAAAAGACUGAAGACGCUGCUGCUCGGGAACAACUGCCUCUCGAGCCUCGGCUCCAGGGUGGCCAACCUGGCCCAGCUGGUGCGGCUGGACGUCAAGGGGAACCGGCUGGAGUCCCUCCCUCUGGAGAUAGGAGACUGUCCCCUGCUGAGAUGCAGCGGCUUGAUAGUGGAGGACAGCCUUUUAGAUCUCCUGCCUUCGGAUAUACGAAACAAGUUGACUCAGAGCUGAGGCUCAGAGCCAAGGACUUCUCUCGUUGGAGAAAAGCAUAUCGGUUGAUGUGUUCUGACACGCUCAGCCAAAACAGAGCUUUACUCAACGUAACCAAGUGGUUUUUUAAGGUUUUUUUAAGAAACCACUCGGAGGACUGUGGCCCGGAGCCGUAACUGACCAAACUUUAAGUCCUGUCGCUGCAGUAAACAGGGAGUCGGCGUGACACACAGACAUUUCUGGGCCAUUGUUGUCACCCAGACUCGUGUAGUUUUCAGCAGAUAUCGUUGCGGCUAAACCUGUUGAACAGGUUUAUAUGACGUGAGGAGUUACAGUACGUUGGUUCGUGUUGCUCCCAGAUAAAAAAGGUUCAUCUUACUGUUCAAACGCUUCUUCAUAUAAAUGCCAGUAGUUGUUAAAAAAGUCAACUUUUAACUUCUAGUUGCUAAGAAGGUAAAUCCCAGGAAAAUAUUGACUGCAUGUAAUUUAUUUAUCAUAACAAGGCUUCCCUUAAAAUGUAAAUCAUGUUUCUUUCUAACUAACAGA